AUGUUUAUAAGAGUACCUGCUAAAAUAAUAAUUUCAGGUGAGCAUUCUGUUGUGUAUGGUCAUAGAGCAUUAUGUGCAACAAUCAACAAAUAUACUAAAUUAAAAAUAUACUCAAACAACACUAAUUCAAUAGAGAUUAGAUGGGGAAAUGAUUGGCAUGAAGUCUUAGAUUUAAAUUAAAUUAAUACAAAUUCUUAGUUAGCUUAAGUUGCUCACAUUUUAAAUAUCAAACCAUCUAUAAUAGAAGUAGAAUCUGAAGUACCAAUUAGUUCUGGAUUAGGAUCAUCAGCAUCUUUUGCAGUUGGAUUAUCCAAAGCUAUGAAUGGAUCUAUUGAAAAAGCAAUUGAAAUUGAGAAUAUAUUUCAUGGUAAGAGAGGAAGUGGAUUAGAUGUAUAAGUAACCCAUAAUGGUGGUAUAUGCAUAUUUUAGAUAGGAAAACCAAUUUAGUAAGUUAAUAUUCCUAUUCAAAAUAUAUUAUUAAUAGAUUCUGGAGAUAGAAAAUAAUAAGGUACUGAGGGAUCAAUUUCAAAAGUUAAAAAUUCAGUUGAAUAAAAAGAUGGAAAAUAAAUUUUGAAUAGAAUUUCAGAAGUAACUGAAUAAAUAAUUAGAGAAGGUCUCGUGAAAGAGUUGAUUUAUGAAAAUCAUGAUCUUUUAAAUAGAUUAGGUAUUUGCACUGAUAGAAUAAAUGAUAUAAUUGUAAAAAAUCUAAUUUAAUAUAGAGAAUUUGUAAAAAUGAAAAUAUUCCUGCAAAAAUGACUGGGGCUGGAGAUGGAGGAUUUUGUAUUGCAUUUCCAAAAGAUGAAUAAUAAUCUGAUUUUUUAGCAUAAAAAUUACAAAAUUAUAAAACUUUAAAAGCAAGUAUUGAUAAAGAAGGAUGUAAAAUUAUUUGA